AUGUUUGAUGGCAUCCAAAAACUUCUGGAUGUUUUUGAGCUGCAGCCAAGCAUCAAGGAUAGUGCAGGUGCCCGAAGAAUUCAACAUACAAACGGUCAUAUUGUUUUUGACAGUGUGGAAUUUUCCUAUUCCAGCCGACCGCGACCAAUCCUGAAGGAUCUCAGUUUCGAGGUUCAUCCAGGGACAACAGUGGCAAUCGUAGGUCAUUCAGGCUCUGGCAAGUCUACGAUAUUCAAGAUACUUGAUCGGGUUUUCCCAUUUCAAUCGGGACGUAUCUUAAUUGAUGGCAUUGAUCUCGAACACAUUCAACUUAAUUCGUUGCGCAGAGCAAUCACAUUUGCUCCUGCGGGUAUUCAGACCUUUGAUGAUCUAUCAAUCAGCGAGAAUUUGAAAUGCGGCGGUGAGUUUAGUUCUGAAGAAAUAGAAAAGGCUUGCCGUAAUGCGGAAGUGCAUGAUAUUAUCUCCAAACUUCCAGAAGGGUAUGAAAGCCAUGUGAGGCCAGAAGAGCUCUCAGAUGGAGAAAAACAACGGAUCGGGAUUGCACGUGCUUUCCUUCAUCGCGAAAAAACCCUUUUGAUGGAUGAACCUACCUCCUUUCUUGAUGCAGAAACACAAAACAGCAUUUUGAAAAAGUUCGCAGAGCUUGGAGGGACAACUCUGAUUACCGCCAACCGAAUCUCGACUGCGAAAGCCGCCGACAUAAUUUUCGUCCUAAAAUAUGGUAGAGUUGUUGAAAGGGGGGCACACAAUGAACUUAUGGAACAGAAUGGGGUCUACCACAAACUUUACAACUAUGAAGUCAAUGAAAUGAAUUAA